AUCUCUCUCAAACACAGUCGAUUUUCCUUCCCACAUAAACCAAGUACUUAGCUAUCUAGAGCUCCCCAAAAAGGUCCAAAAAUGGCUUCUCUCACCUUCACAUUUUCCUCCAAACUUCUUCUGUUCAUGAUUCUUUGUCUCUCAUUCAACCAAUUCUCUUUCGUUGCACCCGCCGAGUUCGAAGUCGGAGGCGAUCAUGGCUGGGUUGUUCCCAAGUCUAAGAACGACCAACUGUACAACCAGUGGGCUUCUGAAAACAGGUUCAAAGUUGAUGACACUGUCUAUUUCAAGUACAAGAAAGACUCAGUUUUGGUGGUGAGUGAGGAAGAGUACGAGAAAUGCCACUCGGUUCAUCCCCUGUUCUUCUCCAACAAUGGUGACAGUGUCUUCAAACUGGACAGACCGGGAUUGUUCUAUUUCAUCAGUGGGGUUUCUGGACACUGCGAGAGAGGGCAGAAGAUGAUCAUCAAAGUUUUGGAGACUGCACAUCCUCCCAAUCAAUCUGCAAACGACAACACGACAACAGAUAUUCCAACCCAAAACAAUGCUGCUGCUGCUGCACUAGUAUUUGAUCAGAAUAUGAAUCCCAUUUCUUCUCCAAUAAUUUUGCCCUUCAUUGUGUCGUUCUUUGGGCUCCUUUUCGUCUGAAUGCAUACAUGCAAUGCUGGUUGGUUCUUA